CUCAGAGUUGGAACAAAGCCGGUGAUACUUUGGGAAUGAAACACAAAAACAAAAACCAGCAAACAGCAACAAAACAGCCUCUUACAAGUGUGGAAAAUGAAAAGUAGUUCCAGCGUUCCUCAUAAACAUUAUGUCUAACUUAACCAACACAACGUUUGCAUGUACACCGGGCAGUCUUUGUGAGGUGCUUUUUUAUCAAGUCGAACUGAUCGUCAUUCCAGUUCUGUUCCUCUUGCUUUUUCUUGCUGUAAUGAUCAUCUUGCUGGUGCUCAAAUGCUCUCAUAAGAAAUCACAUCAUCACAGACACCACAGAAAGGAAAAUAACCACACGCAACAACAUCAUAACACACAGAGAUUGCAGAGAAGCAACAGACGACACCUGCAAGGCAUUGACGCUCCAGCAGAACUGAACCCGAUGGAACAUGAGGUUAUUCCCAUGACAGAACAACCUCCGCAUGAUGUGCAGAAUUCAGCUCCUGCAAUCCCUCAACAAACCACAGAGAGGCAUCCGAGCGCCUUCCAGCUGCUCUCUCCACUGCCCAUCAGCUUCUCAGUGAAACAAGACAACUUCACGCUGCACAGAGCUGCCAUCGACAGACAGCCAGUCAUAUUACGAGUGCUUAAAGAAUCAGCCAAUGCCAGAGAGUGCCAGACUUUCCUGGGGUUUUCUCACUUCCUGUCAGAGCUGGGUCCACAUGUGUCACUGCCCAAACUGCUGGGUGUGGUGAGUGCACGGACACCAUUGAUGAUGGCGAUGGAGGAGCUGGAGCACAGAGACCUGCUGGGCUUCCUGUGGAGGUGCAGACAGGACCACACAGGUCAGGCAGCACCAUGUGACAUGACUGAGAGACGAAUCUUUACCAUGGGCGCUCAGAUCGCAUCUGCUCUGGAGUAUCUGCAUAGUAAGAACUGCAUUCAUGGGAACGUCAAAGCUCGGAGCGUCCUGGUUGGUCGGGAUCUCUCGGUUAAGCUGUGGGGUUUGGGUCCAGCAUAUCACAGAAAAGCAAAUGCAGGCUCUAUAGAGGACAUAGAAGAAAUAGAAAUGAGAAAAUGGCAAGCUCCGGAAUUACUGGCACGACAGCCUCUGCAUCAAAGCAGUGACGUAUGGUCCUUUGGCAUUUUGCUCUAUGAGAUGGUGACAUUAGGAGAGGCUCCCUUUCCCAACAUCAUGGCUAGUGAACUUCUGCAACAUUUACAGAGAGAAAACACCCUGAAGAGACCACCAUACUGCUCAAAUACACUAUAUUCUAUCAUGAAGUCCUGCUGCAAGUGGAGAGCAAAGGAUCGAGUCUCAUUGGCAGAGCUGAUCCGAAAGCUCCAAUCAGGAGAGAGAAGCGCGAAUGAUCAGGCAGUGCUGCGAGUGUCGGAGCUGCUGGACAUGGAGAAAUACAUGAGAGAGGCGGGAUAUGGAGAAUCACUCAACUUUGCUGUGCUCUAAUGAGAACGUAAAGGGAUAGUUCACCCAAAAAUGAAAAUUCUGUCAUCAUUUACUCACCCUUGACUUGUUCCAAGCCAGCAUGUUGAACAAAAAUAAAAUGUUUUAUAUAUUUUAUGUUGAAAACCUGUAAGUAGGGCAGCACAAUAUAUCGUUUCAGCAUCGAUAUCGCAAUGUGCGCAUCAACAAUAGUUACAUCAUAGGUAGUGCAAUGUUGAAUCUGUAUUAUUAUUGACCAAAAUUUGUUUGCAACGUUUUUGCAACGUUUAACCAUAAAGUUGCCAACACGUUUAUUAUUUGUGUGUUUUAUUAUUUACCUCCAUUUAAAAAUAUUCAGGUAUGAGAAAAUUCAUUUUUAACUUUAAGAAAAAAAAAGGCAUUUACUAUAAAUUAUUGUAGUUUUUUUUCAUACGUAAAUGUCAGUGGUUCAUACUUCAAAAUAUCUUCUUUUCUGUUCAACAAAAGGAGGAAAUUCAAAAAUGGUUUCAUGGUUUGAAUCAAGUCAAGAGUUAGUAAGUGACAGAAUUUUAUUUCUUGGGUGAACUAUGCCUUUAAUGCGUCAAAACAAGACUGCCAAAAAGCAGCACAAAGCUUUGAAUAAAUGGACCAUCACAACACACAACACAGCCUGCAGUAGAUGUCAUCAUCUUGGUGCACCUGCAAAAUGUUAUUGAGGACUAUACUUUUGGAAAAGGCUAAAAGCUAAACUGUAACCCAAAUGAAAAGAUGUUAAAGGCAUAGCUCGUUCAAAAAUGAAAAUGAUUUACUUAACCUCGUGUGGUUUUUAAACAUUUAUGAGUUGUUGUUGUUUUUACAAAAUAAGAUAUUUUGGGGAAAAAAAGCUGAAAACCUGUAACUUGUAAGUCAAUGGUUACAGGUUUGCAGGAUAAGUAAACGAUCACAGAAUUUUAAUUUUUGAGUGAACUAUCCCUUUAAGUUCAAUCUGUAAAACAGUGGACAAUGCAAUGUAAAUGUAUUAGCAUGACUGCAUUGAUCCACAGAGAGAGAGAGAGAGAGAGAGAGAGAGAGAGAGAGAGAGAGAGAGAGAGAGAGAGAGAGAGAGAGAGAGAGAGAGAGUAUCACUGUGCUUAUUUGGGUAAAAUUAUAUUGUACUUUAUGUUGGUAUUCUUUUCGAGUUCGAGUAAUAUAAUUGUAAAGUUCGAGUAAUAUAAUUGUAAUAUUGACUAAUUUAUUGGUAAAAGUAUUUUAAAAGAUGGAGGUUGUAUAUUAAAAAUGAACUAUUUAUUAAAAUAAACGAAUUGUUUUUU